GUUUAUAAAAAUCUCUUAAGAGUCAGCUCUAUAUAUAUAAUAAUGUUUUUUAAAUUAUAUAAUAAUGUUUAGAAAAUUAUCUUAAAAUAAAGCAAGGCUCAACUCAAGGGGACGAAUUAGACAAAGAAAUAUGUUAUUUCUUUCCGCGGCAAAAAGUAAUAAAAACAAAAAGGAUAAUCCAAAAAAGAAAAGAAAAGGACCGGUUGCAUACUGGUUUGACUUUUAGAACCGGAAUAACCACUGUCGGGUUAGUGGCAUACCGGGUGGUUAAUGAACAAAGCUCCGAAAUGUUUGCCCGUCUUUCGUAAAUUUAAAAAAGACAAAAAAGGUUAACAGGUAAAGUUAGGGUUUCAAUUUCACUCUCUCUCUCUCUUAAAAGAACAAAAUUUUGAUAAAAUUAAAAAAGAAAAAGAAAAAGACCACUCUAAUUCUUACUUGUGCGAAAUUCCCACAAUUCCAAUUCCACAGAAUGUGUCCACUUUCAGUAGAGAAUUAAACAUGCAAGGGCGUUUACAUAAUUGUCUCUAAGAUUUAGUUUUAAGCGGUGGUUUGUUAUGGAUGCUCAUGUGAUUGAUGAAGAGGAGGGAAUGGGUCACCGCGUGAUGGCUUAUGAUGGGGAUGCUGAAACCAAUGAGGGUGGAGAAUUAAAUAAUGCAGAGAAUUCAUCAGCACAUGAUGAUGAUGGGGCAGCUGAGCCUCAUGUAGGUAUGCAAUUUGAUACUGAAGAUGCUGCUAAAACUUUCUAUGAUGAGUAUGCAAGACGUCUAGGUUUUAGUUCCAAACCUGGUAAUUUGAGUCGUUCUAGAGCUGAUGGGACCAUUGUUGCUCAGGAGUUUGUUUGUGCAAGAGAGGGUUUUUUGAAAAGGAGGUCUGCCGAUAGUUGUGAGGCAAAACUUAGGAUAGAGCUUAGGGGUCAAGACAAAUGGACUGUAACAAAAUUUAUAAAGGAGCAUAGUCAUACUAUGGUUAGUCCCAGCAAAGUGCAUUACCUUCGGCCCCGCAGGCAUUUUGCUGGUGCUGCGAAAGGCAUUACUGAACCUUUCCAAGGAGGGGGAACUGUACCCAGUGGUGUCAUGUAUGUAUCCAUGGAUGGUAACCGUGUAUCUGCAGAGGGAAAUCGUGGUCUUAGGAAUGCUUCUGCUGCAGACUCUAAUCGUGUCAUCAAGAAUGCUACCACAUUCAGUUUUUCUGUUAGACCCAAUACACGAAAGAGGAUAUUAGGGAGGGAUUGUCAGAAUUUAUUAGAAUAUUUCAAGAAAAUGCAGGCUGAAAACCCUGGUUUCUUUUAUGCAAUACAACUUGAUGAAGAUAAUCGCAUGGCCAAUGUUUUUUGGGCUGAUGCAAGGUCAAGGACAGCUUACAGCCAUUUUGGCGAUGCAGUUACAUUGGACACAAAUUACAGAGUAAAUCAGUAUAGAGUGCCCUUUGUUCCUUUUACAGGAGUAAAUCAUCAUGGUCAACCAAUUUUAUUUGGCUGUGCAAUGCUGCAAGAUGAUUCUGAGGCUUCUUUUGUUUGGCUGUUCAAGACAUUUCUCACAGCGAUGAAUGACCAUCAACCUGUUUCUAUAAUGACUGAUCAAGAUAGGGCCAUACAGACAGCUGUUUCUCUGGUAUUUCCUGAAGCUCGACACUGUAUUAGCAAAUGGCAUGUCUUGAGAGAAGGGCAGGAAAAAUUGGCUCAUGUGUGUCAUGCCCAUCCUAAUUUUCAGGUGGAAUUGUACAAUUGUAUUAAUUUGACAGAGACUAUUGAGGAAUUUGAGACAUUUUGGAGCUCUAUCAUUGAUAAAUAUGAUCUGAGGGGAAAUGAUUGGCUUCAAUCAUUAUAUGAAGCUCGUGCUCAGUGGGUUCCAGUUUUUUUUCGGGAUUCCUUUUUUGCCAUGAUAUCUCCAAAUCAAGGGUUUGAGGGUUCUUUUUUCGAUGGCUUUGUGAACCAACAAACAACAUUACCAUUGUUCUUCAGACAGUAUGAAAGAGCUCUAGAAAAUUGGUUUGAAAAGGAGUUAGAAUCAGAUUUUGAUACAAUUUGCACCAUGCCAGUCCUAAGGACACCAUCUCCAAUGGAAAAACAAGCAGCAAACCUGUAUACAAAGAAAAUUUUUGCAAAAUUUCAAGAAGAGCUAGUCGAAACUUUUGUCUAUACUGCAAAUAAAAUUGAGGGUGAUGCAGCUAUCAGCACGUUCAGAGUUGCAAAAUUUGAGGAUGACCACAAGGUAUAUAUAGUUACGUUGAACUAUCCAGAAAUGAGAGCGAACUGCAGCUGCCAAAUGUUUGAGUACUCAGGCAUUUUAUGUAGACAUGUUUUGACAGUCUUCACAGUGACAAAUGUUCUUACGUUGCCAGCUCAUUAUAUCUUAAGAAGAUGGACAAGAAAUUCCAAAAAUGGUCCUGGAAUAGAUGAACGUGGUGGUGAAGUAAAUGGCCAAGAAUCUCUAAUAUUGCGAUAUAACAAUCUCUGUCGGGAAGCCAUCAAAUAUGCAGAAGAAGGGGCAACAGCUGUGGAUACUUACAAUGUUGCUUUGGGUGCUCUUAGAGAAGGUGGGAAGAAGGUUGCUGCUGUUAAGAAAAAUGUUGCCAAAGUUCCACCUCCCAGUUCACAAGUGGGGGGGAUAGGUUACGAUGACAGGAAAACCUCUACCUCAGCUUCAGAUACAACGCCAUUGUUAUGGCCAAGGCAAGAUGAAGUUAUACGACGAUUCAAUUUGAAUGAUGCUGGUGCUGCAGCUCAAUCUGUUGCUGAUUUGAAUCUCCCUCGUAUGGCCCCUGUGUCCCUUCAACGGGAUGAUGGUCCUCCUGGAAACAUGGUAUGCGGGGAAAACGCAGUUCUUCCUUGUCUCAAGUCAAUGACUUGGGUUAUGGAGAAUAAGAAUUUAACACCAGGGAACAGAGUCGCUGUGAUCAACUUGAAGUUGCAAGAUUAUAGCAAGACUCCUUCAACAGAAUCGGAGGUUAAGUUUCAACUGUCAAGGGUUACACUAGAGCCCAUGUUAAGGUCUAUGGCAUAUAUUAGUGAACAGCUUUCUACUCCAGCUAACAGGGUUGCUGUCAUUAAUUUGAAGCUUCAAGAUACAGAAACAACUUCUGGAGAGUCAGAGGUUAAAUUUCAGGUUUCUAGGGAUACAUUAGGUGCCAUGUUGAGAUCAAUGGCCUACAUUCGUGAGCAGCUUUCAAAUGCUGCUGAGCCCCAGCCAGAGCCUCAAACAAAGAAGCAGCGGAAGUGAAGAAAUUGCAGCUUGUCCAUCUCAUUUCCUGAGUGCGACCAAAUUACAUGGCGAAGGUGUGUUCACCAAUUCUGUCAUUGUUACAAAUGACUUGAGAAAGGCAAACCCCCUGCCCACAGCCCUGUGUUUCAUCCCCUACCAACACCCUUCUUACUCUCUUUUAUCUGGGGCUUUCAACUGGCUAGCUUUGUUUCCAUUUUAUGCCUCCCAUCUUCUUUCCUGUCCCGUUUAAGCCCACCCCAUUCCAUAACCCAGUGUAAGCUUGUAGUGUAAUAUAUUUGUACAUUUAGUUGGUGAAUUAAAAAUCAAAGCAUCAAAAAGUUCCACAUGAAAGUUUUCAUCUGGUAUCCAUUAGGAUGUACCUCAUUACCCGUUUAUAUCCUUCCCCUUUUUGUCCAAAUGGUCAAGCUCUGAAGUUUCAGUAUGUGGGAAACAUCUAUACAUUAUCAGAUCUGUGUUUUCAUCAAGCCAAAAGCUCCAUUGGGAAAGACACGAAAAAGGCAAAGAAGGUUUUAGUAAUAGGCUCCUGUAAGAAAAACUGUAUGCUGGUAUUUAAGGUGGGUUUGAUUUGUCUCCAUGGCAUAUUGUUUUGCGGGAUAUGCUGCUUAGGCUGUAUUGCUGGAUUGGCAGGCCAUUUGUACCUUACUUACCAGAAUACUGUAGAAUGCAUGCGGAAUGCCUUUGCUGCACAUAAGAUUGGUAUACUUUUUGAGUUUGUAAGCCAUCGGUUAAUCUUCUUCUUUUUCUCUUUCA